AUGGAGGCGGUGCAAAAGUCGCUCGAACAGGUCGCCAAGCGCACACCCGGCCUGCACUCCAAUUCGUCCUCUGCAAAAGCAGCCGCAACGCAACCCUCGGUGCAUGACUCGAUCGACAAACUCAUCGCUCAGGUCGAGGCCGCCAAGGCCGCCAUCUCCAACUCUGCCUCGUCGUCUUCGCCACCCAAUCCAGCCGUCCUUCUUGCUGAGCUCAAGUCGUCGGCCGAAACAGCACAAAAGUCGAUCCUGGACCGUCAGAAAGAGUUCCACGCCGCGCUCUCCAAAUCCACCAAGGCGCUCGAAAAGAAAUUCCCGAUCCCCAUCGAUGGUGUUGCCGACCCUUCCCUGUUCACAUCGGCGGAAGCACAGAAUGCACUCGAACGUGUUAUCUUCAAUCAUCUCCAGCGUAACGGCGAUUGGUCGACCAGCUACAAGUUUGCAUCCGAAGCGAAGCUGCCGCUCUCUCCGCAGACGGAAGGGUUGUUUGUUCAGCUGCAUACCGUCGUCGCUGCCAUGGCUCGAGGCGAUCUGCGGCCCGCCAUCCGCUGGGCCGAGCAGGAGCGAGGCUGGCUCAAUGCGAGGAAGAGUGACUUGGAGUUUGCGCUGCACAGGAGCCAGUUUAUUCGCAUCGCAGCGGGAGCCAUCCUGCCAGGAAGCGACGAGGCGUUGGCCAACCGAGACCCGGACGGCGAAAACGUCGAGAUGAUGAGUGCAUCCAUUGAUCAGCUCAACUCUGCUUCGGCACUGUCAGAUCCGAGCCUUGCGUCAGCGUCAGCAGUGGCAACAGCGGCAGCAACCGAUCUGCCCCACGCCACCGUAGCGCACACCAACGUUGGACGAGCCCUUGCUUACGGUCGUGAGCAUUUCCAACCUUUCCGCACCACCCACUUGGCAGAGAUCCAGCGACUUUUCACACUGCUCGCUUUCCUGCCUGCCUUUAUUCCGGCACAAGCAUACGGUCCGGAAGGUUUGGAUUCGGUACCCGUCGAGCAUCUGGUUCUCACCGUACCCCUCGUCUACCGUCCGCUGCUGGAGGCCAGUUUGGUCCACGCACCGCUGCUCGAGCCCUUGUUCAAGCUCGAGUUUUGCGCGCGAAAUCAGAUUGCCAAGGAUGCACCCUUGGCCAUAGGUGUGGAAGUGGGUGCGGGAGGGGCACUCAACAAGAUCAUCAAGGUCAAGGCGGUGAUGAAGGAGAGAGGCAACGAGUGGAGUCAGGCUGAUGAGUUGCCUAUUGAGAUCCCUUUGCCGACACGGUUGCGCUUCCAUUCGAUCUUUGCAUGUCCCGUGUCAAAGGAGCAGGGCACCGAACAGAAUCCGCCCAUGAUGCUGGCGUGCGGACACGUGCUCUGCUUAGAGACGCUCACGAGGCUGGCCAAAGGCAAUGGCCGCUUCAAGUGUCCAUACUGCCCAACCGAGAGCAAUCUCAACCAGGCAAUUCGGGUCUAUUUCUGA